AAUCUUUCCAAAAGGUUCUCUCAGAUCAGUGUUGUAAUUUUGAAAAUUAUGACAUGCUGUUAGCAAAAUUUUUCAUCUAAUGCUUACUGGAAUGAACUGCGAAGAGAGGCGAAAGUCAUUUUCAUACCAAUUCAACUUUGUAAGGUGACGUCAGAGAUAGCAAACACAUGUGAUGCUUAUAUACACAUACAAGGUUAAAAUGACGAAUGAACUUUAAUACAUUUGAAAUGAUAUGUAAACAUGCAGCAAUUCAUCCUUUUUUUAACUAAAUAGCUUUCGGUCAUAAUGGAAAUGAAUUUGUUAACAUUCCGAAAGUCUUCUCCGUGAUUUUAGCACGGAAACAUAAUCACGUGACGUGUAUGGCGUUCGUCAAACGGUAUAAGUAAUAGCAGCACUGUAAAGUAAGCACAAAGCACUUUUUCAAAUCUUUAUCAUUUAUACAACACUUAAGUAAGAUUAUUUGAACUGUGUUCAUCAAGCCUGUUUUGCCAGGCUAGUAAGGUUUACCCAUAUGUACGCGUUCGUGUCUGUUCUUUUCUACAUAUGAUCAAAUUUUAGUUGCCAUGGGCAACUUUACGUAUUUUAUCAAUAUUACACGACGUAUUUUCUGGGUAUCCAGUAUGGCGACCCUAAAGGGGCUAUCCAUUGGUGAUUUAUGGAAGAAAUUGACUUCGUUUCUUGAUCCUUUCUCUCAAGGAAAAAAAAUAGAAAUAAAGGAGGCUUUGCGAUUAUUAUACGAAGCAUGUGGGCAGUCCGCUGUAUUAGAGGAAUUUCUUUUGGAUGAAUUAAAGAAAUGGUUUUUAGAGCAAUUUGAGUCCCGAUUGCGAGAAAAUAUAAGCAAAAAAUUUUGGAUGCUAUUUAAGGAUGGUGCAAAUGUUGAAAACAUUUUGUCAAGUGUAAAGCACUUGCAUCAGAUGAUUGAAGAUUUUCACGGAUCUAUUAUGAAGUUCAAUGAACUAACCAAACAAAGAAAAAUUAUGAAAUGUAUUGAUAUGAAAAGCAUACAUGCAAUAACAAGAGUCACCAUCUUUUCCCAUCCACCGGAGCAUUUCAAAUCUGGUGUAGAAGAUUUAUAUGCUCGGGCGUUUAAAGCUUUCGAAGUUAUUGUUGACCGUGAUGUUGAUGCAGUGGAUGAUGAAAUCAAGGAAACAAAUGAGGAUUGCAAUGAAUUCCUGGAAAGGUUCUCUUCGUGGAAUGCUAUGUUAUAUUCACUUGGUGUUCUGAAACAUGUCUGUUGUGACUCCUUUGUCUUAGUCAUUCAUACUAAGGUAAAGGCCAAGGUUGAGGAACUAUGUAAAGGAGAAUUUGAUCUAACUUUUUUGCCCUCUUUAAUGAAAUGGUUGAAUGAUGUGGUUUUGAAUUGGAUGAAGAGGAUUUUGCCAUCGAAAGGUUUUUUGUCUGAUGAUUUGGAUGUGAGCAUUGUUGAAUCAUGGAGACCAAGAUUGGAGUAUUUUGUCUAUAAAACAUAUGCUGAACUAAGAAUUGAAGAACUUUUUGGCGUUAUUGUGGAUUAUCCAGACUCUCUAAAGGCGUUGGAAGAUUUGAAGAAAUGUUUGGAGAAGACUGAUUUACGUCAACAUUUGAUCAAAUCACUUCGAUUGUCAUUUGAAACACGCUUAUUGCAUCCCGGUGCUGAAACGACGGAUAUUUUAACACAAUAUGUGUCAGCCAUUAGAGCGUUGCGGGUUCUCGAUUCAACUGGAGUGAUCUUGGAAAGCGUUUGUGAACCUGUUAAGGCUUAUUUAAGGACUCGUGAGGAUACUGUGAGAUGUAUUGUUUCCAAUCUAACGGAUGAAAACAGCUCGGAAUUAUCUGAGGAGUUAUUACAUGGCGAUACUAAAACAAUAGAAGACGUAUAUCCGCUGGACAGUGAUACUGAAGACGACGAUGAAGAAUGGAUGCCUGAUCCGAUUGAUGCUGAUCCCACUAAACCAUCAAGAAGUCGAAAAUCUUCUGAUAUCAUAAGCAUGUUGGUGAACAUCUAUGGUAGCAGAGAUCUUUUUGUGUCGGAGUAUCGUACCUUACUGGCAGAUCGCAUUCUCUCUUCGUUCAACUACGAUGUACCUAAGGAGCUUCAUUACUUGGAACUUUUGAAGCUAAGAUUUGGUGAAUCGCAUCUUCACUAUUGUGAAGUGAUGUUGAAGGAUGUUGCUGACUCUAGAAGAAUCAACGCCAACAUUCACUCCAAAAUGAAAAUGUCUGACAAAAACUUGGACAUUGAAAUUCACGGGAUGAUAGUAUCCAGUGUGUUUUGGCCAUCAUUUAGAAAGGAAAAACUCGAGCUUCCACCCCAAAUAAAAAGCGCAAUGGAUAUGUACACGGAACAGUUCAAGUCAUUAAAAGGUUCCCGUACACUUGAAUGGAAAGCGCAUCUUGGUUCAGUGGAUUUGGAACUUGAGUUUGAAGAUCGGACGUUAUCAUUCAAUGUUUCACCUUCCCGCGCGGCCGUCAUUAUGUAUUUUCAAGAAAAAUCUCGUUGGCAUUUAGACGAACUUAGCAGCACAAUGCGCAUGCCUGUGACCGUGCUUCGACGUUGCCUUGGUUACUGGCUUAGUCAGAAUGUAUUGAAACAAGACACCGAAGAUGUUUAUGUCGUUCAGGAAAAGAGAAAAGAUAAGCAAGAUGUACAUGAUGUUGUGUACAUGGGUGAUGGUGAGUCAGCAAUGGCAACAUCACGUGAUCGGCGGGAAGGGGAGUUACAGAUAUUUUGGUCGUACAUUGUGGGUAUGUUAACAAACUUAGACAGCUUGCCUUUGGAUAGAAUUCACUCCAUGUUGAGGAUGUUUGCCGUGAAUGGACCGACACAAUGUAACUUGGACGAUUUGAAACGAUUUCUGGAAAGAAAAGUUCGCGAGGGUGAACUUCAAUAUGCAAGCGGAAAGUACAGGCUGCCUAAAGCCGGCAGAUGAUGAUAGAAAUUAUGUAGGUGUUGUAUCUCUUUUGGCCCAUCCUAAAGUCACAGCGUUUUAACGUUAAAAUUCUUCGCGAAGUUUUCCUAGAAAAUAGUCAUCAUUUUCCCCAGGUCUAGUGUGACGUCACAUGACAUCACAUGAUGAGCAUGCAUAUGUAUUUAUGUAUGAAUUCUUUACAAGAUGGCUUCCUCAAACUUUUGGAAUUGUGUUAUAUUUCUCACCGUAAUUUUGCUGCUCUUCCCGCAACCUGUGACUGCUUUUGAUGCUGGUGAUGGUAUUGCGUUGGUAGUUGGUUUGAUUGUUGGAAUAAUGGGGAUUUGUGCUUGCCUUGGAGCGUAUGCAAGACGGAAAGAAGGUGUUUAGGAGUCGGGUUGAUCAUUUCAUGGAUAUUUAGUCGUUUUAUUUAGCACAAUUUUGUAUGAUGAGUAAUUGAUAAUUGACUAAUGAAUAUAUGCGUCGAAGAAAAGCAAUAUUAUAUGGCCAAAUUGAAGACUAGAGUCUAAAGCAUUUUGUAAUACAGCAUCUUAAAUGAUAUGUAGUCAGAGACAGUGUUGUAUCAUUCAUCUAUAGUCCUAUGGAACGAAGUCAACUUAAAUGAUGAUCCUAAUGACAUAUCUCAAUCAUCUUCAAAGCUAUCUUGGUCUUGCUAUGAAUGUGGAUGCUACAGAUUAUUAUAUCUGAACUGUGUUGACUUGCUCCAAUAUUUUGUUUGUGCUAUUUUGAAUAAUUUUUGUAUAAGAUGUUUUAGGUGUUGCAGUUUUGUGGUUUUUGUAAUGUAAUGUAUGAAUUGCUUUUUCCUCAAUGCACAAAUCACAAUAAAUCAAUAAUAAAUCAACUA